UGAGAUCAGUACCGCGCGCAGCGGGGUGUCGCUAGCUGCUAACACUGGCGGCCACUGCACCGAUGAUCAGUAGUAGCUGGGUUCGGGUCACACGUACAACAAACUCCGGAAGCACUGUAAAUACAGCAAGCGCACCCGUGUGAGACCUCACGCAAGCCACCAGCGCCACACUCCUACUCACUCGAACACAAGCUAGCUCGCUAGCCAAGGUUGUUUCAGCCAUGAGUAGUAGCCCCCGUGCCCGUCUCCUCCUGAUCUCCCUUGUAGCCGCCGCCACCCUGCUGGUCUCGUGCCGCGGCGCCGCCGCUUCGCCCCCGCCGCCUCCGGUGUACGACACGGACGGCCACGAGCUGCGCGCCGACACGAGCUACCACGUGCUCCCGCUAAUCCGCCGCGGCGGCCCCUACGGAGCCCGCCGCGGCGGGCUCACUCUGGCGCCCCUGCACGGCGGGCAACGCUGCCCUCUCUUCGUCGCGCAGGACGCCAGCCGGGAACAUCUCGGGCUCCCCGUGCGGUUCGCUCCGCACGGCAAAGCCUCGGCCUCCGCGGACCCGACGACCGUUGUUCGCGUCUCGACGGACGUCCGCGUCUCCUUCCGCGCGUACACGACGUGCGUGCAGUCCACCGAGUGGCACGUUGAGAGCGGCAAGAAUAUUCUGGGGGCGCGCCGGCACGUGGUCACCGGCCCCGUGGUCGGGGGCCCGAGCCCGAUCAGCGGCAGGGAGAACGCGUUCCGCGUGGAACGCGUGGAGAGGUACGGCGGCGUCGCAACGGAUGAUGAGGCGCGCGAGUACAAGCUGAUGUGGUGCGGGGACGAGGCGGCGUGCCAGGCCUUGGGCGUGUUCAGGGACGGCGAAGGCGGCGCGUGGUUCCUUGGCGCCGCCGCCGAGCAGGUUCAUGUCGUCGUGUUCCAGAAGGCGCCCUCCGUUUAAGUCGCAUGUUUCUUUUUUCUUUUCAGUUCCGUGUGGAUGGUGUUUGUUCGUAGCGCCGCGCGUGCAUGUUGAAUAAAGUGGCCCGAGCAGUUUGGUAUAGCACAAGCUUUGUUCUGUGCCUGGCUAGGGAUGAACCUAGA